AUGACAAAUAUCUGUUGACGAAAAAAUCACCCCAUCUCAUACCACAUUUUAAUUGGUUGAAAACUCGUGGCGCUAUCGAACAACACGAAAAGGAAAACAUGGCAAUGUAGCGAAGAAGUAACCUCAUACUAAAAAUGGAAGGUUUACAAGAGAAUGGAGUGGAAAUGAUUUGUGAAAAUGAUUUAGAUAAUGUUGCAUUAAAUGAUAUUGAUGAUAUUGUAAAAUAUAUGUUCCAAGAUGAUGCCACUAACAAUGAUCCUUUUGCCAACCAGCUUAAUAGUGGAAUAAAACAAGAUCAAGAUUUUCUUAGUGAGAGUCAAAAUUUUAGUGAUUUGUCAUAUCUGGAUGAUCAGCUUGGCUUAUCAAAUGUUUCCGACAGUUCAAAUGUACUUCUUAAUGAUACAAAUCUGCUGUCAGGAACAGCAGACAAUUUAGGACUAUCCAUUGACAAUUUAGAUCUUUUAGAAGUAGACAUUAAUAAACAGCCUGUGGUUAACAUUUCUCAUCCAACUCUUCAAGUCCAGCAGGCAGCAUUGAGAUUGCAGAGACAAGCGCAGGUUGUGGCCCUUGCCCAACAGCAGUUGAAACAACAACAGCAAGCUCAAUUACAACGACAACAGCAGGCUCAGUUACAACAACAGUUGAGGCUGCUGUUACAACAGACAAGCAGUCAACAGCAGACAUUGGGUGUGAUUCAGAAUACUCAGCAGCAGACCACUCAGAACAUCAUUCAGACACAGCCACAGAAUAUCGUUCAACAGCAAACCAUUAGUCCUGUCAAUUUGCAACAACUGCAUCAGCUUUUAUUGCAAGCACAGCAAGCAUCAAAACCGUCCCAAAAUGUUCAGUCGAAUGCCAAUACUACCAGCACCACCACUUUCAGCACCCAUCCAACCAUCAUUCCUACUGUUACCAUUAGCACUCCAGUCCCUUCCACCAGCGUUAGUCCAUUACAAACUGUCGUCACUAAUUCUGGUACAAUAUUAACAACGGCAAGCAUUCCAAUACAGGUGGUUGAUGGGGACAAAGUUCCUAUAAACAGACUUGGUACCAUAGUGAAAGCUCCCAAGAAAGAGAAACGUACUACCCAUAAUGCAAUAGAAAAGAGAUACCGUUUGAGCAUCAAUGAUAAGAUACUUGAAUUGAAGGAUUUGGUUGCAGGAACUGAUGCAAAGUUAAACAAAUCAGCUAUAUUGAAGAAAGCGAUAGACUACAUCAGGUUCCUUAUUAAUGCUAACAACAGACUAAAACAAGAAAAUAUGGCUUUGAAAAUGGGACAAAAGCAUAAUGUUGAAGACUUGCUAAAGACUGGAAUAAUAACUCCUCCCAAUUCACUGAAAGGUUCUCCUGUACCCAGUCCUCCAGGAUCCUAUGACUUUGACAUGACUCCAAGCCCUAGUUCAGAUUCAGAUUCAUCAGACUCCGGUUCUGUUGUAGGAGGAAUGGCAGACAAAUCUAGAUUUGCUUUGUGUGUGUUUAUGUUUUCCAUCCUUGCUUUCAAUCCUUUUGGGUCUUUGAUAGGAUCUAUAGGAUCAGAUGGAAGUAACCGUGGUUACCAUCAUGGAGGAAGAACACUGUUAGCAUCAGAUGAGUCUGAUUCUGCUACAUUGGACUGGAUUUUCCCAACACUCUUUAUGUGGAUGAUGAAUGGUAUAAUUUGCAUAGGAGUAAUCACAAGGCUGUUCAUAUUUGGUGAACCAGUAAUUAAAAAGAACAGUGAAACUGCCAUGGUUUAUCUACGUCAUAUCACACAAGGUGACCUCUAUCUGUCAAGGGCAGAAUAUUCCUGGGCUACUGAACAAUACAGAAAGGCAUUGCAAUGUAUUGGCAGACCUUUGCCUACAUCAAAUUUAGAUUUGUUCUCUUCUCUUGCAUGGAAUUUAUUCCGUCAAAUUUCUCAUCAGCUGUACCUUGGAAAAUGGCUUUGUUUGAACUCUGGGUCAAUUCGGAGACGUUCCAAUGAUGAUGUGAUGUUGUCUGCAAAAUAUGCUGCAGUUGUCUACCACAAGCUUAACCAGAUGCAUAUGACAGGUCAUAUUGCUGGUGGGAAGUGGACAGGUUUACAUAUUGGUCUUUGUGCCGUUAAUUUGGCUGAAGCAAGUGGUGAUUCCAUGUCCAUGAUUCAAUUAUCUGAAAUAUAUGCCACGUCAGCACUCAGACUGCAAGUUAACCCACUAUGGAAAACACUUUUUCUUUCGAGGUACUUUCUGGGCCGAGCUAGGAAGUUCUGUGUUUUGAGUCCAGAUCAUGUACCAGCUUCAUUACAAUGGCUCUCCCAUCCAGAAGGACACAGGUUUUUUGUUGAUCAGAAAUGGCAGCUUGGAGGGAAGGACAGUCUCUUUACAGCAUUAUGCAAUCAAGCUAAUCCAUUAGAACAUGUGACCCAGGCUUUUAGAGAGUUUUUGGUAGAGAGGGCUCUAUACUGUUUACUGAUGCCUGAGAAAAGACUGCCUGGCAACAUGACACAGGAGUCUGAAGUUCUUUUAUAUACCCAGUUACUGUCAGAAGCUGCUGCUGGGCCAUCAUCAACACAGCUGACUGGGGAGUCUUGUACACAAACAGACAAUAUUUCAAAGUGGUGGUCGGCAAUUAUAACAGUUGGUAUAUUUUGGCUGUCGGGGGACGAAGACAAUGCUGAAAGGAGCUACUCCCAAUGUGAUACCUUCCCUAGACAAUUGCAGCAAUCUGACGAUCCUCUUCCUAAGGCUUUGUUAGUAGCUUUCAGGGCUAAGCGGAAUGUUUUGAUAGAUAGUCAUAGCUCAUCCCAUUACAUCAGACAGUGUGACCGAGCUGGUCGUCUCCUGAGAGAAAGUCUGAAGUUGUUAUAUACUAAAGAAAACAAAGACAUUGUUAAGUUAAUUCAGUUAUUGAUAUGUGAUUGGUUAUUGACAUCAAGAACAGACAUAUGGGAGAAAAAUAAAUUAUCUGAUGAAACAUAUACUUGUUCUCAAACAGAACUGAUAGCGUUCCAGCAAGAUCUAGCCAGCUUACGGAGAGUAGCCCAAGAUAAUAGACCAAUUUUAUCAAAGAUAUUUUUACAUGAAGCAACAGGAAGAAUGAUGGCAGGUGCCAGUCCAGGUAGAACACAACAGCUGUUAGACAGAAGUCUUAGAAGACGACAUAAAACAGGAGAAUCAAGUGAUACAGAUGUUCCUGACAGAGAACAAGCUAAAGCUUUAAUGAUGGCUGGUUGUCAUCUGCCAGAUACAGGAGAUAGGCUGACACUUAUAAGUGAAGCUAGCAAGAUAUAUGAGGCCAUGGGGGACAAAAAAUCAGUACAAAGUUGUCGUAAAAUGUUGAUGCAGUGUGAGGAUCAACAGAUCUCUAGCAGUGUUCCUGUUCAAUGCUGAAUGUAAUUCAUAAACUCUUUGGGGACUCGUCAAAAUUCAUGAUGUACAUAUUGACAUUUAUUUAUUUUUUAUGGCAACUUUAAUACAUUGUAAGAAGAUAUUGUAAAACUAUCAGAUUGAAUGCAGUUUUAUAAUAAUGCCAAAAUAUUUCUCAAAAUGGUGGAAAUUAUCAUUUAAAAUGGAAAUUGUAAGGAGUUAAUUGUUUAUGUAUGAUAGUUGUAAUCACUGUCUUCAUUGAAAUGUGUCUUGUGAUAAGUUUUUUUUUAUAUAUAUUAAAUGAUUUUUUGUA